CUUGAGUGCCUUCCCUCGCUCUAUGCCAAUACCACCUUCAUCUUCACCGACACGCGCACAGCAGGGGAUUGGCUCUCGCGCUACGGCGGAGAGCCGGAGCGGUACCCCAUCCGCUCCGUGGAAUUGAACAUCCGCGUGCCCAACAUCAUCACCGAGAUCUACUACCCGCCCGCCAGCACCAACGGCGACGAGGGCCCGCCCGCCGUCUUCGCCGGCAGGGCCCGCCCGACCCUCUCGGUGCAGCACAACCCGUGGCAGAUGCUGUGCGACAGGCUGGCGGACCUGCCCAACCUGCAGGACCUGCGCAUCUGGUUCGACUCGAGCGACCUGCGCCCGUGGCACAAGCGCGUGAGCGAGACGCGCUUCUUCGGAAGGCUGUUCGAUGUCCGCGUCCCGGACAAGCGCCGCUUCGUGCUCGGCUUGCCCGAGCUCCCCGACCGGCGCGGGCCGGAUUGUCAGGCCCUGCAGGGCCACUAUUUGGAAGGGGAGAAGCUGGAGAACGCGCCGUUCACGCUGGAGAGGGGUCCGCGGCCGAAUAACUGGCGGGUUCACCUCCGCAACAUCGUCAGCGCCGGUGCGGCCGUGCAAUCAGUUGCCGGCAUGAACGGGAAUGGGUGA